GCCAUGUCGCGUCACUCGACAACAGCGCUAACAAAUACACUGUCUUCUCACCAGUGGCUACACACCAGUCUGGGUGCCGCCAGUGAACACGACGGACACGCUGCCUCUCUCCAGGUGAGGCAGCAGUCCCUGGGACAUACAAGAAGCAGGUGGCGUCAGUGACAUGGGCGUCGCCUGCAUGAAAGAGGACCCUGAUCCAGGCCCCAAGAACAUGGCCCUCCACGAGUCUACCGAUGACGCCACCACCACUCCAGAAGUAGCCAAAACAAGAAAAACAGGUGACGCAGAGUCAUCAAACACAGCCAUGACGAGUAACGUGACUAAAACCAGUGUAAGUGCGGACGGGGAACUCAGACCUACAGCCCAAACGAAUGAAAAUGUAGGACCUCACCCAGCCACAACCUCUGACACGAAUGUAGAGGCAUCACAAGUGUCAUCCUCAAGGGGAGAUGUGAGUGUAAGUGAUGGCAUUGUCGAUAAGGCUUUGACCAUUGACAGUGAGAAUACAACCCUGGCAGCAACUGGAGGUGAUGAUCAGUCAGUGGCUGGUGGUAGUCAGUGCUCAUUUACAGCCAGUGACAAUACUGACUCCGCUGCAAUCAAUAGAAAUCAAGAAUCAGCCAAUGACUAUCAUGAACAAGAAGGGGCCAUUGGCAAACAAGAACCAGCUAUAACUAAUGGCUUUCACACCCCAAAAGGAGCUGGCAACCAAGAACCAAAAGUAGCCAAUGGUAACCAAGAACCAGCAGGAUCCAAUGGCAACCUAGGUCAAACAGUAGCCAAUGGCAAUCAAGAACUGACAGUUCCCAAUGACAGCCAAGAACCAGAUGAAGUCAGUGGCAACCAAGAACCAGCAGCGACCAAUGGCAACCAAGCAAUAGCAGCAGCCAAUGACAUGCAAGAAGUAGAUGAAGCCAGUGGCAAUCAAGAACUAGCAGUAAUUAAUAACAACCCAGAACCAGCAGUAGCGAUUGGCAACCAAGAACCAACAGUGACAAAUGGCAAUCAAGAACCAGGAGCCAGUGGCAACCAAGAUCCACCAACUCCCAAUGGCAACCAAGAAUUAGCAUUAACCAAUGGCAACCAAGAACCAGCAGAAUCCAAUGGCAACCAAGAACCAGCAGUGACAUCCGCCGACCAAGCCACAACAACAGCUCGAGAGAUGGCAAGUGAAGACACAGACAGCGAAAGUGAGGAGGAAGAUGACGACGAUGAGAACAAUGAAGAGGCUCGUAGAAGAGAGGAUACACGGAGAGAAGAGCUGGAGAGUAAACUGUUGUGGCUGAGGAAGGUCGAGGACAGGGAGAGGUUUAUGAAGAACAUGGCACCUCAGUACUUCCUCCUGACCCUCAAAUCCAACGCUCCACUGGAGGAGGAGUCCACCGGCGUCAGGAUGGCUCUCACUCACCUCGCUGGGAAGUGGCCAUGGUUAAGACUGAGUUUGAGACUCCGGGGGAGGGAGAAUGUACCUUGGAUAUGCACCGACACGGAACACCCCAUACAUUUCCAUGUCGCCCUAAGAGAUGACAGCGUCAGGGUCGUGAUGGAGGAGGUGCAGCUGCGACACAGGAACUUCAGGGGAUGUCCCUUGAGUACCUUCACCCUAUUGAAGGAUUAUGCCCACAAUGUUGAUGAAGGUUCGGCCAUCACUACCCCAGUUGUUGAUGGUCACACAAACACUACUCCAGCCUCUGAUAGCAACACAAACACUACCCCAGCCUCUGAUAGCAACACUAACACAACCCCAGCCACUGGUAGCAACACAAACACUACCCCAGCCACUGGUAGCACCACAAACACUACCCCAGCCUCUGAUAGCAACACAGACACUACUCCAGCCUCUGAUAGCAACACAAACACUACCCCAGCCUCUGAUAGCAACACUAACACAACCCCAGCCACUGGUAGCAACACAAACACUACCCCAGCCACUGGUAGCACCACAAACACUACCCCAGCCUCUGAUAGCAACACAGACACUACUCCAGCCUCUGAUAGCAACACAAACACUACCCCAGCCUCUGGUAGCAACACAAACACUACCCCAGCCACUGGUAGCAACACUACCCCAGCCACUGGUAGCAACACUACCCCAGUAGCAACACUACCCCAGCCACUGGUAGCAACACUACCCCAGCCACUGGUAGCAACACUACCCCAGCCACUGGUAGCAACACUACCCCAGCCACUGGUAGCAACACUACCCCAGCCACCAACACUACCCCAGCCACUGGUAGCACACACAAACACUACCCCAGCCAAUGGUAGCAAUGCAAACACUACCCCAGCCACUGGUAGCAACACAAACACUACCCCAGCCACUAGUAGCAACACAAACACUAUCCCAGCCACUGUUAGCAACACACACACUACCCUAACCUCUGGUAGCAACACAGACACUACCCUAGCCUCUUGUAGCAGCACAAACACUACUUCAGCCACUGGUAGCAACACUGACACUAUCCUAGCCUCUGGUAGCAACACAGACACUACCCUAGCCUCUGGUAGCAACACAAACACUACCCUAGCCUCUAGUAGCAACACAAACACUACCCUAGCCUCUGGUAGCAACACAAACACUACCCCAGCCACUCGUAGCAACACAGGCACUACCCCAGCCACUAGUGGCAAUGCAGAGACUACCCCAGCCACUGGUAGCAACACAAUCACUACCCCAGCCUCUGGUAGCAACACAAACAUUACCCCAGCCACUGGUAGCAACACAAACAUUACCCCAGCCACUGGUAGCAACACAAAUACUAUCCCAGCCACUGGUAGCAACACAAACACUAUCCCAGCCACUGGUAGCAACACAAACACUACCCCAGCCACUAGUGGCAAUGCAGAGACUACCCCAGCCACUGGAAGCAACACAAUCACUACCCCAGCCUCUGGUAGCAACACAAACACUACCCCAGCCACUGGUAGCAACACAAACAUUACCCCAGCCACUGGUAGCAACACAAACACUGUCCCAGCCACUGGUAGCAACACAAACACUACCCCAGCCACUGGUAGCAACACAGACACAACCCCAGCCUCUGGUAGCAACACAGACACAACCCCAGUCACUGGUAGCAACACAAACACUAUCCCAGCCACUGGUAGCAACACAAACACUAUCCCAGCCACUGGUAGCAACACAAACACUAUCCCAGCCACUGGUAGCAACACAAACAUUACCCCAGCCACUGGUGGCAACACAAACACUACCCCAGCCACUGGUAGCAACACAAUCACUACCCUAGCCACUGGUAGCAACACAAACACUACCCCAGCCUCUGUUAGCAACAGCACCAACUCGCCAGCUUUCCCCUACAAGUACCAGCUGCUAAUCAGUGUUCCACAACCCUUUGUAGACGAGGCUAUGAUGGUGGAGAUCUGUGAUACAUUUCUUAAACUUACUGAUGACAUUAUAGCUAAUCGUAUUACUAUGGUGUAUGAAAAAGAGUUGCUUCAAAGUGACCCAAAUACACAAACAACAGUUUACGAUGAGCAGCUUGAACUAGUGGAAGCCUCGAGGUGCAAUAGUCAGGCUAGUGACAAUAAUGCCAGUGUUUUGACGGGCGGCUAUGAUGGUGAGGAAAAUGAGGAUGAGAACAACGGUUACAUUGAGAGGACAAUUGAUUCCUUAAUCAGCAAGAAUUUCAUAAACAAGUGCAAAGCGGAGAGAGUGAGUUACAUCAGCGGCUUCACGACAUGUGUGAACGCUGCAGCCACUAACCUGGUGUUAGAGGCUGGCGAUGGCCCUCAGUGUGAGCAGUUUGAUGUCAACCACAGGCUCAACAUUCAUUACAACUGGCCUGAACCUCCCUACGAAUGGCAUGACAAUGACGGUGAAGAAGAAGAAGAUGAGGACGAAGACGACUCAUCUCCCACGCGUCCUACUAUUACCAUCACGGCCACACCCAGGGGCUGGAACAACAACUUCUGGAGAACAGCCAGAUCCGUCCAUACUAAGCAGUGGGAGAUGCCAAAGCGACUCAGAUCUGCUGUGCCAAAGAUCCUUGAGGGCUUUGAGAGUGAGAACGAGGUAGAAUAUGACCCACCACCACGGUACCCAGAUGUCCACUUGUCUAUAUCCGACAUCAGCGUGAGGGAGUCUGGAGAAUUCUGCAGGUGCGGGGAACACAUCAAGGCCACCAGCCUCCACAGAGUCUCUCUCCUCCGGCACCUCUUCCUCACUCACUCUAUCGACCUCCAGAUGCAUGAGGAAUCUCAGAGCCUUCGCUUCAACCUCAACCACUCCACACUCUUCCUCCCCACAGCCACAGGUCGACGCUUUGCCGACGAGAUCGAAUCUGUUGUGAAAAGUUCCCUCAAGUUUCGGUAACGAAGGUAUCAUGUAGACCUAACCUGUUACAUGUUGACAAAGGUGCCCCCGUCACCCUCGCUCUCCUGUGUUACAAGCUAAAACUAUGCUUGUGCAUGUCACUUUAAUAUGCGUUUUUUUGUAAUGCAGUCUAUUCAUAAAUUAUUCAUUAGUUUGUGAAAAAAGUGUAGUCAAUAUUUGAUACUGUGUCAGUUAUUUACUAAUACCAUAAUGUACUAUACUCUAAAUGUCUCGGUAAUAAAUUUCAUAAUUUGUUACCGAGGUUAUUAGCGCGGAGGUCGAGUGGAUACAGUGCUCGUCCCCAAUUCUGGGGGUUGUUGGAUUAAUUCUCAGGCGCUCCCAGUUCACCCAGCUGUAAAUGGGUACCUAAGUUUACAACUUGGGGGGGUGAUGGCGGUCGAGAGCAGUACCGGCCAUGCUGCCUCCUUGUGUAAGGAAGGCUUAGUUUACAGUGUGCUGUAUUCACACUGUUCCUAACGGGCAGUCAUGCCUAUGGGAAUCACUUUCACUUUAUUCUAUUGGUAAAUGCCUAUUCACAGGGAAUAAUUGAAUCUAACAAAUUCUGGCCAAUGAGAAUUAAAUAAUUUGUCAGUAACACUCACUUGUCAAGGGAAUACUUCAAACUGAAUAGCAAAGACCAUUUCUUAUGAAUCAUCAGAUUUACCUUCUUUCUUACCCAUUUCUGUCUUCGGCUUCCCUCUGCCACCGCCCACUCUUAAGACCUUUAGAGGGCAAUCUAGCCCUUAGGUAUUUUAUUCUGAUUAGCACCAGGCAAUUAUAUUCAGCUGAGAGAAACCCCCUCCUCCUUAAAGGGUUAAUAUCUAUCUUGACUAAACCUUUAAAGGGCAAUGUAGCCCUUAGGUGUUUUAUUCUGGAUAAUGCCAGGUAAUUUUAUUCAGCUGAGAGAAACCCCUGCCCCCUAAGGGAUUAAUAAUAUAUCCUACAGUACUUUUUACUAUAAAUCUAUAUAUGUUACUGGUUUCCUCUGGCAAUAGCAAGACAUACUUUGUUAAAAAGUAUCAUGAACUGUAUACCGAUAAACUGUGUGUGUGUAAUAUAUAUAUACACGUAUAUAUAUAUAUAUAUAUAUAUAUAUAUAUAUAUAUAUAUAUAUAUAUAUAUAUAUAUAUAUAUAUAUAUAUAUAUAUAUAUAUAUAUAUAUAUAUAUAUAUAUAUAUAUAUAUAUAUAUAUAUAUAUAUAAAAUUUCCGCCUCCAAGUCAUUAAUUUUUUAAUUAGGGUCUUGUUGUCUACAAUAUUAGAAUUAUGUUUCACCCGGUUUGGUUCUAUGUUUUUUCUGGAGCCAUUUACAAUAGACAGGUUAGCUAAACCUGAUGUAACACCAUUCUGAUUGGUUUGUAAUCUGAUAGGCUGGGGAGGUCACUGCAUUUAUGAACUAAACCAAAUUAUUCCUAUUUGUGUGAAAGCCAUUCUGUAUACUGUACAGUGCGACAUUCUUAACUCUAGUGGAAGUAACCUGAGGGCUGGCCUCAGGUUGGCAGCCACUGUGUAUGUAGCACUCCUCAUCACUACUGUCUUGACGCUCUUUUUCCUCGUAUUCAUUGCAUUUUACCAGGCCUGAUAUUGACUCGUAACAUCACGGUCACAUCCGGUUCAUGGUUGGGAUCUCAAAGGUCAGUACAGUAUAUUCAAUUUUACCCGUGACUGGUUAUGAGAGACCAAACCUAACUGGCUGGCUCUCUUACAGACAUGAUGCGAAGAAGUUAAUGUACAAUUCUUGGCGACUCCUGGCAACCUUCACAAUUAUGGGUGCAGAUCAAUAACAGUGGUAUGGUUGGGGCUCCAUUUAACCCAUCAUCUCACUAGAAGCAUUACCAAUAUGGCCGCUCUCAGACUCGACAACCAUUAUGUGUGUUUACAGUAUUCUAGAGCAGCGAGAUACACAAAUCUUUCUACAUUAGAAGGAGAUAUUUAUUUAUUUUAUAAUACUAAUGUAUCCUAGAACUUUUUUUUUAUAAUCUAGUCGUUGACAAGUAUAUGAUCUCUUGUAUACUGCUGUUGUUGGGUGGUUCAUCAAGGUGGAUGAGAAACGUACUGUUUUCUUGACCCUGGAUCUCCGGUUUUGAGAGUGAGGACGUGGUGUGUUGAAAAAUCUGAAUUCAGGUGUAUUCGGAAGUGUUUUAUUGUUAUUGUUGUUUAUUAUGUGCGAGUGUGUGUGUGUGUGUGUUUGGAUAAAUACCCUAUAGUGUAUAACAUGAAUGUUGUAAGUUACAGGAGAAAAACAAAAUUUUUUUUUAAAUAAAACUUUUAUAUGGACAAA